GGCGUAUAUAACUCCGGCAAUUCUUCCCCCUUCACAUACUCGCCGGAUCAUCUUGAAAGAUUACUUCAAAUUGUUGUUGAUUUUUUGCCGACAUGAAGACCGCCUGUUUGUUUCUCGUUGGACUGCUUAUCCUGGGCCUUGCUCUAGCAGAGUCCGAGAUUUCGGAGCCCGACAUGGAAUCGUUGGAAGCAGAGUACAGCGAGGCAUUCGCUAAACGUGGUUGCAAUGCCAUUGGCUCGUGGUGCACGGUGAACAAUAACUGCUGUCCCGGAGAUGGAAAAAAUCGAGGCACAUGUUCCUGGGGAUUUCAUUGUGUUUAAUCUAAUCCAUUCAUCUCUCGAUUGAAAAUGGGUGUACACCUUGAAAAAGGGUUAAGCAUACAGUAAAGAUGAGAAAUAAAA